AUGUUUUUAGGAUCUCUACUAACUAUUUCCCAUAGAAAGCCGUUGAUGUGCUACGAGAAAGAACUUCACAAUUGUUCCAAAAUACAGAAUCACCACUAUUUGAUGAUAAAGAAUCGUAAAGAAUACAAGCAUACCUAUGAACUACCCGCAUAUUUGCAAGAAAAGAUCAACUCCAAGACAAAGAAAACAGCACCUAAACUUGAAACCGAAGAAGAAGCUGAAGAUCAACUAAUAAUAAGGACCCAACAGCCUUCCCCAGCAGACUUGGACACAAAUGGAAAUCAACUAGUACUACAUGAUCCAAAGAUUGAACACAAUGCAUCAAGAGCCUUAGUACAACGACAACAACAUCAACAGUUUUAUAUUCCAGAAAAACCUGAGUGGCAUGCACCAUGGAAAUUAAUGAGAGUGAUAGGUGGCCAUAAAGGUUGGGUUAGAAGCUUAGCAGUUGAACCGGAAAACAAAUGGUUCGCUUCGGGGUCCAAUGAUAAUACAAUCAAAGUUUGGGAUUUAGCAUCAGGUCAAUUGAAACUAACAUUAACUGGACAUGUUAUGACCGUUAGAGAUAUUGCAAUUUCAGACCGCCAUCCAUAUAUGUUUUCAUGUGGUGAAGAUAAGACAGUGAAAUGUUGGGAUCUUGAAAGAAAUAGAGUUAUUAGAGAUUAUUAUGGUCAUUUAUCGGGAGUUUACUCAUUAGAUGUCCAUCCAACAUUAGAUGUUGUGGUUACAGGUAGUAGAGAUUCUACUGUUAGAGUAUGGGAUAUGAGAACAAGUACAGGGAUAUUCACUCUAAGUGGACAUACUCAACCUUUAACCAAAGUGAAAUGUCAAGCCACAGAUCCUCAAAUCAUAAGUACAUCUAAUGAUAAAACAAUAAGAUUAUGGGAUUUAGCAGCUGGUAAAACACAAACUGUAUUAACACAUCAUAAAAAACCAAUAAGAGGACUAGCAUUACAUCCAACACAAUACGCAUUUGCUACUGCUUCACCUGAUAAUAUCAAGCAAUGGAAGUUCCCAGAAGGUUCAUUCAUGCACAACUUCAUGCCUCGUCAUGAAGGUAUCAUCAAUACACUAUCCAUAAAUCAAGACAAUGUCAUGUUUAGUGGUGGUAAUAAUGGAUCUUUGGCAUUUUUCGACUGGAAUUCUGGUCAUAAAUUUCAAGAAUUACAAACUACAACAAUGCCAGGUUCUUUGGAAUCUGAAGCCGGUAUAUUUUCUAGUACUUUUGAUAAAACUGGUAUGCGUUUGAUAACUGGUGAAGCUGAUAAGAGUAUCAAAAUUUGGAGGGAGAAUCCAGAUGCCACUCCAGAAUCAGACCCAGGAAUUCCGUUUGAUCCUGAACAGUUUAGAGAUAGAUAUUAA